GUGAGUGUCCUCGCGCCGCCCGCCCGGUAGCCCGGCCGGCGCGCGCACGCCGCGAGCCGCUGGCGCUCGGGCUCCGCUCGGAUCCCAUGCAACAGCCAGGAUGUGAAGCGGGGCAGAGCCGGGGGAGCCCAGCCCAGCCAGCCUCCAGACGCUGCCCCAUCUGACGCUCGGCUCGAGGCCUCUCUGUGAGGGACCAGGGGGGCCAUCCCCCUCCAGGACGGAGAUCGGAGGUCGCUGCCAAGCAUGGCGCCCACCUGGGGCCCCGGCAUGGUGUCUGUCGUUGGUCCCAUGGGCCUCCUUGUGGUCCUGCUCGUUGGAGGCUGCGCAGCAGAAGAGCCCCCCAGGUUUAUCAAAGAACCCAAGGACCAGAUCGGCGUGUCGGGGGGUGUGGCCUCUUUCGUGUGUCAGGCCACGGGCGACCCCAAGCCACGAGUGACCUGGAACAAGAAGGGCAAGAAGGUCAACUCUCAGCGCUUUGAGACGAUUGAGUUUGAUGAGAGUGCGGGGGCAGUGCUGAGGAUCCAGCCGCUGAGGACACCGCGGGAUGAAAAUGUGUACGAGUGUGUGGCCCAGAACUCGGUUGGGGAGAUCACAGUCCAUGCCAAGCUCACUGUCCUCCGAGAGGACCAGCUGCCCUCCGGCUUCCCCAACAUCGACAUGGGCCCGCAGUUGAAGGUGGUGGAGCGGACACGGACAGCCACCAUGCUCUGUGCGGCCAGCGGCAACCCUGACCCCGAGAUCACCUGGUUCAAGGACUUCCUGCCCGUGGAUCCUAGUGCCAGCAAUGGACGCAUCAAACAGCUGCGAUCGGAAACCUUUGAAAGCACUCCGAUUCGAGGAGCCCUGCAGAUUGAAAGCAGUGAGGAAACCGACCAGGGCAAAUAUGAGUGUGUGGCCACCAACAGUGCCGGUGUGCGCUACUCCUCACCUGCCAACCUCUACGUGCGAGAGCUUCGAGAAGUCCGCCGCGUGGCCCCACGCUUCUCCAUCCUGCCCAUGAGCCACGAGAUCAUGCCAGGGGGCAACGUGAACAUCACCUGCGUGGCCGUGGGCUCGCCCAUGCCGUACGUGAAGUGGAUGCAGGGGGCCGAGGACCUGACCCCCGAGGAUGACAUGCCUGUGGGUCGGAACGUGCUGGAACUCACAGACGUCAAGGACUCGGCCAACUACACCUGCGUGGCCAUGUCCAGCCUGGGCGUCAUCGAGGCGGUUGCUCAGAUCACGGUGAAAUCUCUCCCCAAAGCUCCCGGGACUCCCGUGGUGACCGAGAACACAGCCACCAGCAUCACCAUCACGUGGGACUCGGGCAACCCAGACCCUGUAUCCUAUUACGUCAUUGAAUAUAAAUCCAAGAGCCAGGACGGGCCGUAUCAGAUUAAAGAGGACAUCACCACGACGCGUUACAGCAUCGGCGGCCUCAGCCCCAACUCAGAGUACGAGAUCUGGGUGUCGGCCGUCAACUCCAUCGGCCAGGGGCCCCCCAGCGAGUCCGUGGUCACCCGCACGGGCGAGCAGGCCCCGGCCAGCGCGCCGCGAAACGUGCAAGCCCGGAUGCUCAGCGCCACCACCAUGAUCGUGCAGUGGGAGGAGCCAGUGGAGCCCAACGGCCUCAUCCGCGGCUACCGUGUCUACUACACCAUGGAGCCGGAGCACCCCGUGGGCAACUGGCAGAAGCACAACGUGGACGACAGCCUGCUAACCACCGUGGGCAGCCUGCUGGAGGAUGAGACCUACACCGUGCGGGUGCUCGCCUUCACCUCCGUCGGCGACGGGCCCCUCUCGGACCCCAUCCAGGUCAAGACGCAGCAGGGAGUGCCCGGCCAGCCCAUGAACCUGCGGGCCGAAGCCAGGUCGGAGACCAGCGUCACGCUGUCCUGGGGUCCCCCGCGGCAGGAGAGCAUCAUCAAGUACGAGCUCCUCUUCCGGGAAGGCGACCACGGCCGGGAGGUGGGAAGGACCUUCGACCCGACGACUUCCUACGUGGUGGAGGACCUGAAGCCCAACACGGAGUACGCCUUCCGCCUGGCGGCCCGCUCGCCGCAGGGCCUGGGCGCCUUCACCCCCGUGGUGCGGCAGCGCACGCUGCAGUCCAAACCGUCAGCCCCCCCUCAAGACGUUAAAUGUGUCAGCGUGCGCUCCACGGCCAUUUUGGUAAGUUGGCGCCCGCCGCCGCCGGAAACGCACAACGGGGCCCUGGUGGGCUACAGCGUCCGCUACCGACCGCUGGGCUCAGAGGACCCGGAACCCAAGGAGGUGAACGGCAUCCCCCCGACCACCACUCAGAUCCUGCUGGAGGCCUUGGAGAAGUGGACCCAGUACCGCAUCACGACUGUCGCUCACACAGAGGUGGGACCAGGGCCCGAGAGCUCGCCCGUGGUCGUCCGCACCGACGAGGAUGUGCCCAGCGCGCCGCCGCGGAAGGUGGAGGCGGAGGCGCUCAACGCCACGGCCAUCCGCGUGCUGUGGCGCUCGCCCGCGCCCGGCCGGCAGCACGGCCAGAUCCGCGGCUACCAGGUCCACUACGUGCGCAUGGAGGGCGCCGAGGCCCGCGGGCCGCCGCGCAUCAAGGACGUCAUGCUGGCCGAUGCCCAGUGGGAGACGGAUGACACGGCCGAAUAUGAGAUGGUCAUCACAAACCUGCAGCCUGAGACCGCGUACUCCAUCACGGUAGCCGCCUACACCAUGAAGGGCGAUGGCGCUCGCAGCAAACCCAAGGUGGUUGUGACCAAGGGAGCAGUGCUGGGCCGCCCAACCCUGUCGGUGCAGCAGACCCCCGAGGGCAGCCUGCUGGCACGCUGGGAGCCCCCGGCCGGCACCGCGGAGGACCAGGUGCUGGGCUACCGCCUGCAGUUUGGCCGCGAGGACUCGACGCCCCUGGCCACCCUGGAGUUCCCGCCCUCCGAGGACCGCUACACAGCAUCAGGCGUGCACAAGGGGGCCACGUAUGUGUUCCGGCUUGCGGCACGGAGCCGCGGCGGCCUGGGCGAGGAGGCAGCCGAGGUCCUGAGCAUCCCGGAGGACACGCCCCGUGGCCACCCGCAGAUCCUGGAGGCGGCCGGCAACGCCUCGGCCGGCACCGUCCUUCUCCGCUGGCUGCCACCCGUGCCAGCCGAGCGCAACGGGGCCAUCGUCAAAUACACGGUGGCCGUGCGGGAGGCUGGCGCCCUGGGCCCUGCCCGAGAGACUGAGCUGCCGGCAGCGGCUGAGCCGGGCGCAGAGAAUGCGCUCACGCUGCAGGGCCUGAAGCCCGACACGGCCUAUGACCUCCAAGUGCGAGCCCACACGCGCCGGGGCCCUGGCCCCUUCAGCCCCCCCGUCCGCUACCGGACGUUCCUGCGGGACCAAGUCUCACCCAAGAACUUCAAGGUGAAAAUGAUCAUGAAGACAUCAGUUCUGCUCAGCUGGGAGUUCCCUGACAACUACAACUCACCGACGCCCUACAAGAUCCAGUACAAUGGGCUCACACUGGAUGUGGAUGGCCGUACCACCAAGAAGCUCAUCACGCACCUCAAGCCCCACACCUUCUACAACUUUGUGCUGACCAAUCGCGGCAGCAGCCUGGGCGGCCUCCAGCAGACCGUCACUGCCUGGACUGCCUUCAACCUGCUCAAUGGCAAGCCCAGCGUCGCCCCCAAGCCUGAUGCCGACGGCUUCAUCAUGGUGUAUCUUCCUGACGGCCAGAGCCCCGUGCCUGUCCAGAGCUAUUUCAUUGUGAUGGUGCCACUGCGCAAGUCUCGUGGAGGCCAAUUCCUGACCCCGCUGGGUAGCCCAGAGGACAUGGAUCUGGAGGAGCUCAUCCAGGACAUCUCACGGCUACAGAGGCGCAGCCUGCGGCACUCACGUCAGCUGGAGGUGCCCCGGCCCUAUAUCGCAGCUCGCUUCUCUGUGCUGCCGCCCACGUUCCAUCCCGGCGACCAGAAGCAGUAUGGCGGCUUCGAUAACCGGGGCCUGGAGCCCGGCCACCGCUAUGUCCUCUUUGUGCUUGCUGUGCUUCAGAAGAGCGAGCCUACCUUUGCAGCCAGUCCCUUCUCAGACCCCUUCCAGCUGGAUAACCCGGAUCCCCAGCCCAUCGUGGAUGGCGAGGAGGGGCUUAUCUGGGUGAUCGGGCCUGUGCUGGCCGUGGUCUUCAUAAUCUGCAUUGUCAUUGCUAUCCUGCUCUACAAGAACAAACCUGACAGUAAACGCAAGGACUCAGAACCCCGCACCAAAUGCCUCCUGAACAAUGCCGACCUCGCCCCUCACCACCCCAAGGACCCUGUGGAAAUGAGACGCAUUAACUUCCAGACUCCAGAUUCAGGCCUCAGGAGCCCCCUCAGGGAGCCGGGGUUUCACUUUGAAAGCAUGCUCAGCCACCCGCCAAUCCCCAUCGCAGACAUGGCGGAGCAUACGGAGCGGCUCAAGGCCAACGACAGCCUCAAGCUCUCCCAGGAGUAUGAGUCCAUCGACCCUGGACAGCAGUUCACAUGGGAACAUUCCAACCUGGAAGUGAACAAGCCAAAGAACCGCUAUGCCAACGUCAUCGCCUAUGACCACUCCCGCGUCAUCCUCCAGCCCAUUGAAGGCAUCGUGGGCAGUGAUUACAUCAAUGCCAACUACGUGGACGGCUACCGGCGUCAGAACGCGUACAUUGCCACGCAGGGGCCGCUGCCUGAGACCUUUGGGGACUUCUGGCGUAUGGUGUGGGAGCAGCGGUCGGCCACCAUCGUCAUGAUGACGCGGCUGGAGGAGAAGUCACGGAUCAAGUGUGAUCAGUACUGGCCCAACAGAGGCACGGAGACCUACGGCUUCAUCCAGGUCACGUUGCUAGACACCAUCGAGCUGGCCACAUUCUGUGUCAGGACAUUCUCUCUGCACAAGAAUGGCUCCAGUGAGAAACGCGAGGUCCGCCAGUUCCAGUUUACGGCGUGGCCAGACCACGGUGUGCCCGAAUACCCAACGCCCUUCCUGGCUUUCCUGCGGAGAGUCAAGACCUGCAACCCGCCAGAUGCCGGCCCCGUCGUGGUUCACUGCAGUGCCGGUGUGGGCCGCACAGGCUGCUUUAUCGUCAUCGACGCCAUGCUUGAGCGGAUCAAGCCGGAGAAGACAGUCGAUGUCUAUGGCCACGUGACGCUCAUGAGGUCCCAGCGUAACUACAUGGUGCAGACGGAGGACCAGUACAGCUUCAUCCACGAGGCCCUGCUGGAGGCCGUGGGCUGUGGCAACACAGAAGUGCCCGCACGCAGCCUCUAUGCCUACAUCCAGAAGCUGGCCCAGGUGGAGCCUGGCGAGCACGUCACUGGCAUGGAACUCGAGUUCAAGCGGCUGGCUAACUCCAAGGCCCACACGUCACGCUUCAUCAGUGCCAAUCUGCCUUGUAACAAGUUCAAGAACCGCCUGGUGAACAUCAUGCCCUAUGAGAGCACACGGGUCUGUCUGCAGCCCAUCCGGGGUGUGGAGGGCUCUGACUACAUCAACGCCAGCUUCAUUGAUGGCUACAGGCAGCAGAAGGCCUACAUCGCGACACAGGGGCCGCUGGCGGAGACCACGGAAGACUUCUGGCGCAUGCUGUGGGAGAACAAUUCGACGAUCGUCGUCAUGCUGACCAAGCUGCGGGAGAUGGGCCGGGAGAAGUGUCACCAGUACUGGCCGGCCGAGCGCUCUGCCCGCUACCAGUACUUUGUGGUAGAUCCGAUGGCAGAAUACAACAUGCCUCAGUAUAUUCUGCGAGAGUUCAAGGUCACAGAUGCCCGGGAUGGCCAGUCCCGGACUGUCCGGCAGUUCCAGUUCACAGACUGGCCGGAACAGGGUGUGCCAAAGUCGGGGGAGGGCUUCAUCGACUUCAUUGGCCAAGUACAUAAGACCAAGGAGCAGUUUGGCCAGGACGGCCCCAUCUCUGUCCACUGCAGUGCCGGCGUGGGCAGGACGGGCGUCUUCAUCACGCUUAGCAUCGUGCUGGAGCGGAUGCGGUACGAAGGCGUGGUGGACAUCUUUCAGACGGUGAAGAUGCUACGAACCCAGCGGCCGGCCAUGGUGCAGACAGAGGAUGAGUACCAGUUCUGUUACCAGGCGGCACUGGAGUACCUCGGAAGCUUUGACCACUAUGCAACCUAAAGCCAUGGUCCCCCCCCCGGCCCGACACCACCGGCCCCGGAUGCCUCUGCCCCUCCCGGGCGGACCUCCUGAGGCCUGGACCCCCAGUGGGCAGGGCAGGAGGCGGCAGCAGCUGUGUUUCUGCACCAUUUCCGAGGACGACGCAGCCCCUCGAGCCCCCCGCCGGCCCCGGCCGCCCCAGCGACCUCCCUGGCACCGGCCGCCGCCUUCAAAUACUUGGCACAUUCCUCCUUUCCUUUCAAUUCCAAAACCAGAUUCCGGGGUGGGGGGGUGGGGGGACGGUGAGCAAAUAGGAGUGCUCCCCAGAACCAGAGGAGAGUGGGGCACAGACCACGGACGGACCCCUCGUCCUCCCCCAGCGGUGGUGGGGGAACCGGGGGGCUCCUCCCCGCUCUGCAGCCUGGGGACGCUGGGCUGGGACCAGAAUCCAGCUUUCUUUUAAAACUCUCAGUGUAACUGUAUCUCGUGACAUUUCGUUUUUUUAAAAUAAUAGUGUAUUUUUUUUUCCAUUUUUUUUUUUAAGAGAAACAAACAAAAGACUCACCAGUCGACGACUUUCAAAGAAAGACAACAACUUUGGCUUAUUCAUAUUCUGUUCAAAGACAGUCUAUUUUUUCACUGUAGAAAGCGUCCUUGUGUGAUAGUUACGUUCGCAAACGCGCACGCCGGGCCUACAGCUGUACCUUGGCUUGCUUUUUUUUUUUUUUUUUUUUUUUUUUAAUUUUUCCUACCAUCAGAAAGUGUGCUUUGCUCACAGAAGAAUGAGAUGUCCUUUUUUCUUUCUUGGCUUUUGUUUCAUUUUUAUAAAUUAAAUUUUCAGACAUAUCAAAUACAGUUCUGAGGGUAGGGUCAUGGGGGAACUCGGACCCAGUGGCGUUGGGUGUGGUUGAGGGGGACGCUGCUGUAAGAGGAGAGAGAUGACAGUGGUCCUCCCUCCUCUGAGAGCCUGAGCUGUCUCCCCGUCUCCCGCCCCAAGGAGACAGGAUCCUACUUCUUCGGGGACGGUGGCUGUAUGGCUGUACUGCCCCACAUCAGAGACCCUUUCCCCCUGGGACUAUGGGGCAGUUUGGGAGCAAAACCAGAAGGACGGGACCCCCUCUACCCACCCACCCUGAGCAAGUGAGUUGUUCCUCUUUGUACAAGGGCAGAUCUGCGGUUACUUUCAACACUGUUUAUUCCAGCGGAACAGCCGGGUGGUUUUCCCACCCCCAUGUAUGUAGAUAUAUCGACUUUGUAUUAAAGGAAGAUCGUCUGA